AUGAGCUUCUUCACCUCCCCUGUAGAAGCGCGGCUACUUGCACCUCACCGCGAAGACGACUUGAUACCAGUCGCGAGCAGAUCACAAGCCCAACGCAAUGCGCGAGGGCCAUCGGGAGAUAUGACGGAUACAUUUGGGGAACCGCUCUCCCACAACGGCUCUGGGGACCUAGGAGCUCGCAAGAACAUCGUUUUCCCUGACCCAAUAGCCUUCAGAUACCUCGAAGAUGAUCCUUGUGUGCGAGUCGUCGAACGUCGUGCAACCUUGCGUGGGUACGAACUAUACCUCGUCGAACAAUGGGCUUGUUCCAGACAAUCCCCCACGCUGGUCAUUGUCACAUAUACCGGCGACGAAAAACACUCUGUUGUGGUCGGGGUUUUGUCUGUACCGGCCGAUGAAAACUUAUGGUCCAUCCGAUUGCGUGUGUAUUUCAAGGCCACCGGGCAAUACCUAGCUCGCCCAAAGGACACAGAAUUGGGAGAGCUCAUGGUCACCAAUCUGAGCAGCUUCCCUUCCUCGUUGACAGUUAUACCGGUUCCCGACGGCGACAUCAAAGCCCACCGAAUGAAUUUCAUCGUAAAUGAGAACCUCAAGCGCCUGGGCUGCUCUGGUCGCUCAGCCCUGACACUGACCCCACCAGCCGAGGCAACCAAAGCCAAGUUUCUGUCCCUAUACAAGGUGUCUGACAAGAUCAAUUUCACCACAGCUGUAAUUGAACUAGUCAAGCUGUGUCAGGUUGCUCUCUAUAUGUUUGCGAAGCUUCAACAUGAAUACAUUGACGGUCUACUGUGCGAUGUUACCGAGAAAGCUAUUGGGGACUGGUGGACAGAAGUUGGAGCUGAGCACUUCAACUUCGAACCAAAUGACGGGAUCCUUGGGCCCGCAACUGUCGCAGCCCUUCUCGGUAUGUUCAUGGGUGCCCGAAACAGGUUAUACUCGUAUGGCGCACCGGUCGCCAAGGAUGUGUUCGACGUCGAGAAUACAAAGAGGGGGAUCUACUAUUUCCAAAAGUCAGUCAAGCUAGAACGGACUCGGCGGCUUGACCGGCCAACUCUGCUCAAACUCCACAACGUCACGGCCAAAGCGGCAGCUGGUGAGGGCUGGGGGGUUCAGAAAGCCAUGAAAUCGAGAAUGACUGAAAUCGGAGGCAAGAGAGGAGAAAUUGUCAUGGGAAUAGUGUCCGGCAAGGAUAAAGGUGGACUUGCGGAUGUGGAGACAUUGGAUAUGGACACAUUCGUCACGUUUGCAUACGGAGAACGUGCAAAAUGGCUUUGGUAUGGCAAGCCGAGACGUAGCCCGGCAGAGAGCAACAAUCCCGAACCUGGCCCAUCUGCGCUCGCUUUUGGAAAACACGAGGAAUCGGCUCAAGCUCUUUAUCGACCGCCGACAGCCCAGAAUAAUGAAGAGCCCGAGUUCAAACGAAGAGAGGAGUUUCAUCACAGCUUCCCCGAGAUAUCUCCAAGCUCAACCGCAAACUUCAUGGAGAGUCCUGGAGAAAAGGAGGCCUCGCGGAGGAAUGUCCUCAAGAGUGUGGCCGGCAAGAUGAGCGACGCAAAAUCCGGCUUUGGCCGAUUUAAAGAUGUCGUUGGAGGCUCAAGACGCGGCCAUGUCAGUCGUCCAUCGAUAACGACCAAGGAAGAGAUAGUCCAAGCCAAAAACGGUCAACCCGUUCUCUCAAGUGCCAGUGAUAUCUCGAGUAUUGCAAGCCCUGGGAUAAUGCCAAUUGGAAGGGCAUUUACGUGGAAAAACAAACCAGAGGAGUAUCUGGCAGCCAUGAAGCGUGGAGAGGACGCAUUUACAGUUCCGCCUCCAAUUAUGGAGUCAAGAGACCCCUCAACUUCAACCUCUGACUCAAAGAAUGCCAAAAGACCGGCCGAUUCUGACCCGGAAUUGAGCAACCUCGUUUCAGAUUUACGGAAGGAGGUCCUUAAUGCAGACGUAUCAACCGGCGGUUCUGCCGUGGAUGAGCAAGACUUUCAAGGCUCUGCAGCGGAAGCAGAGCGAAAAGAAUUUAUGCAUCAACUAGAGCUGGCGCGACGUAAUAGUUUUGAAGUUGGGCAGCUCUACGUAAAACACGAGUUUAACGAGAACAGGUGGCCUCGGCGAACUUCUUUUGGCGAUGCAGAGGAGGCCAUCUUAACUUGGGAGGAGAUCAUUGAUAUCGAGGGAUACACAGAGAGUCUCAAAGAUGUAAAGGCCGUUGCCGAAGUGGUACGCAACCUCAGCCUCAGCAUCGACGACAUCACGUACAAUGUUGAACCGUGGGUUGAGGACAAAUUAAGAUCAGUUGCAGUUCUGGACGAGCGCCUAGCCAGGGACAAGGAAGAUAUCCAAGCUUUGUACCAGCAACUCAGCGAAGCAUGCUACCGUGUUCGAUAUAGCUCGGAGCAAGUCAUAGGGGAUGAGAGGUCCAGUCUCACUCAGAGUGUGAAAGAUAUUGAGGAGCUGCUUACAAGGCUGGAAUAUGAGAUCAACUCGGUGUCACAGAAGGUUGAUGACGUGGAAGAAGGGGUGCAGAAUUUCCAGCGGCAAGUCGAGGAUGUCGAGAAGAAAGCUGAAGAGCUGAAAGCCCAGCUGGAGACCGAGACAUGGCUUCACUGGGUUGUUCGGAAAGUGACCGGUAUCGGGAUGGGUGCAAACAUCAUCGAAGACCGCCGCUGA